AUCGGAUUCAGCUGUAAGAGGCCUCGUACGUGCAGACUGGGUGGGUUGAGUCAAGGAUAGGUGGGUUAUGGGCAGGGUGGGAUAGCUCAACAUAGGAUUGGCAGCCCGGGUUAGGGGUAGGGUGGGCCAAGUCGUGGGUUGCAGAGUAAAAAAAAAAAAAAAAAAGGUGUCGUCAAGGUUGGGUUUGUUGGUUAAAUAGGUGGGUCGAGUAGGUUCGUGGGUGGAUCAAGUUGGUUUUUUGGGUUAGGAUUAGGUGGGUCAAAUGGUAGUUAGUUGUACAUCAAAUAUGUUUUUUUUUAGAGAGCCACCAAGGCGAGAGUGAUAAGAAUCGAUUUUAAGAUCUCUUUGAAUCGGAAAAAAAACUUUAACCAUAUGAGUUAUCCUUUAUUCUCGUAUAGGUCAAAUAGGUGAGUGUGUAGGCCAGGUGGUUAAUUGGUUAAAUAUCCAAGUUUGUUUUUCAAAAUAGUCUCCCAAAACAUAUUUGGUAUGAUAUUAUUUGACCCAACAAUAACUUAAUGACUACUGAUGUAAAGAACCAAAAUCUUUUUAGUGUGGCUACUACUUUUAUUUUUAUUUUUUUUUUUGAAAAAAUAUAAGAUGAAAAUUUUCAAAAACUAGCAGAGAAUAAGAUCUCAAAACUCAUUAAUACAGUAGUACCAACCAGCUAGGACACACUCUAAUCUUCUGAUUUAACCCCCCACCCCACAACCCACAUUAAAAUAAAUAAAAGAAAGAUUCCAGUAAUAAAAACUAAAAAGGAAAUAAAUAAAGAAAACAAAAAUAAUGAGUAAUAAUUCCAAUAUUUAAUUCCCUGAGCCGGGUCACAAAAUCUAGCCGUUACACUAUCCCACCGCUAUCUAUCUAAUUUCACGUUACACCCCACAACCACUUUUUAAAACAUCAAUCUGACCGUUACUCUUUUAUUCUCUCUCCUCAAAACACUUGACUUCCUCUGCAUCUUUUUUUUUUUUUUACUUCACUUCUAACUCUUCUUGUCUUACUUUCUGUAUUAGCUAACUCCCUCAUCAUCAUCCUCCUCAUACACCUCACUCGAUUCGAUAAAAAUGUCGGUGGCAUACGCGUUUGGUAAGGAAGAUUUGGCAGUGGAUCAAAGCCUUGGGUACCCAAGAGCGUACGCUAAGCUUUGUAAAGAUACAAGUAUUAGUCCUUAUUGUCAUGGUCCUCCUUUUACUUUCACUCCCUAUUCUUUACAUCCCCAAGAGGCAUCAAGGGCAGAGGAAUUAGAUGAUUUGUUUCCUAUAAUCGACCCACAAGCGAAACCAACAGCCAAUUACAGAAUCUUUGUUAGUAUAAUAUGGAAGCAACUCAAUCACCUAGGAAAUGCCGGUUUUGAUCCGGCCAUGUUUCGGGUUGAUCCUUAUGGCAAUGUCAUCUACCUUCAUGCUGAUGCCGCCUCCCCACUCGCUUGGGAUAUCGAUCACUGGUUCCCUUGUUCAAGAGGAGGAUUGACUAUACCAAGCAAUUUAAGGAUACUUCAAUGGCAAGUUUGCAAGAGGAAGCACAAUCAGUUGGAAUUUUUAGUUCCUUGGUGGGAUUUGCAAUUGGGCAUAUCUAUUGACCAGUUUUUAUCUGUCUUUGCUGCGUCGAAUUCGGAUUUUAGGCAUAGGGCAUUUAGGUGGAUGUUUGCAGCAGGUGAGAACGAAGAGCUGAAUGAUAUGCAAACUGUAGACUCUCAUAAUUUUCCUCAACCAUUUAUGGAGUCGAAAGAGCACCUUGGCCUAGCGCCUGCUGCUGUUGUUGCUCGUGCUCGAAAAGAAUUUGUUGAUUCCACUUUGAGAACAUUAGAUGUCAAUAGACAGCAUAGGCCUACUACUCCUAUGAUAGCUCCUUCGAGGAAAUCGAAGAAUGCUGGGUCAAAGGAGAAUGAGAUGCCUGAUAUGGCAACAAACCCUUACCAAGCCUUGGUUAUGGCAAGAGAUUCAUUGAAGCGAAGAGAAGAGACUAAUAAGAUGAAGGCAGAAAUUCAAAGUUUGGAUGAUGAAGUGACUGAAUUGAAGCUAAAGAAUGAGGAAGAAAAGAUGACAAUUCAAGAGCUUGAGUUAGCAUUGAUUAAACGUAGAAGACGGGCUGAAAAAUGUCGUAGAGUGGCUGAGGCUCAAUCUUCUUACAGAACAAUGCUGGAGAAAAUGAUCAGAAAUGCAAUGCAUCAGAGUGUGGUUUACAAAGAACAGUUGAGGCUAAACCAGGCUGCAACCAACACACUCAUGGCAAGACUGGAAGCGCAAAUGGCAAUAUGUAACUCGGCUGAGAAACAGCUUGCUAAGAAGUAUAAGCAAAGGGAUGAACUUGAGAAACAAAUAAAGCCAGAGUGGGAACAAGCAAGGAAGAGAUCAAGGACUGAUAUUGAUGAUGCUUUUGCUGAGGAGAAACAAGACCGAACACUAAUCUACUUACCGAGGAUCAAGUCAAAGACACCUUCACACAAGGAGCUAAGGAAGUUCCUAGAAGAAGAACACAACUUGUCAGAAGAAGCCCUUUUGAUGAUUGAAGAGAACAGAAUAGAAGAAGAAACAGAAGAGACACCGAGACUUACAUUAGACCCCGAGAUAGAAGAGGAAGAAACAAGUCAUAAUGUGGAGGAGUCAAGUGUCAAAUUCCCCUUUGCUCGAGAAGUAGAUGAUGAUGAUGAGGAAUCGAGGAAGGAGAAAGGGAAAGGCAAUGUAGAGAAAUGGUUACAUUUGCUGCUGGAAAACACAGAAGGCGAAGAUAAUUUGAAUUUUAGCCCUCCUAAAGUAGCUCAAGAACCCGAGACUAGCAGCAAUACUGAUGAAAUCAUCAAAAAGCUCAAUGAAAAAUUCCCACAGAAGGAGAUCAAAGUCCUGAAACCUCCUGUUUCUGAUGGAAAGAAGAAGAGUGUAGAGGUUGAAACCAGUAAACCGAGGUCAAUGAGCACUCCUAGGAGAUCCAUUUCGGUUGAGCCAAGAAGCCAUGAAACAAAAAAUGAAAAAAAGAAGGAAGAAAUUGUUUCAGCUGAAGUUAAAAAACCAAGGGCAAUGAGCACUCCAAGAAGAUCCAUAUCAUAUCAGGCCGAUAUCACUAGCAAAGGAAGUGAAGCAAGGAAGAGUUUAGGAGCAAGGAGAUCCAUUUCUUCUGAGACUGAGAGUGAAGCAAAGAAGAGUUUUGGAGGAGGGAAAGAUAAAGGGAUUGCUAGGACUGAGAGCGCGAGGUUCUUCAGGCAACUCCCAUCUUCUCCUUCAAAGAUAUUAAAUAUGAGAAAGGGGGUGGAUUGUAUAAGAAAGAAGCCACUCGUGAUAGACGAUGAUGAAGACUAUAAUCAUAUUGAUGAGAAUCAUUAUCAUUCGGCUGGUGACAACUUCCUCAAGUCAUCCAUCAAAUCCAUCAAGAAGGCUGUCAAAAUUUAAGUUGUAAAUUUUGUAAUGUAAAUUAUUUCCAUAUUCUUUUUGUUUGUUGAGGUUGAUAUUCAUUUGUGUGUGAACUUAAAUUUCAU